UCGGAGCUUUGACGACUUCCCAACAAGAAAUAAACGAACACACAUCCCACUUCUCUCCAUGCAAGAACAAGCCUUGCGCUCGAUCACCAUGACCAUGUCCUCGAAGAUCACUCUCCGUUUUCUUCUUCUCGCCUUCGCGUCCUCCUUGCUCUUCUCCACGGGCCGUGUCCACGGCCGAGCCGCUCGCCCUUGUCGGAUCGACGCCAUAUACCAGUUUGGAGACUCGACCUCCGACACCGGCAACCUCAUCCGCAUCGUGGGACCCAACGGCUUUGGCGCCCAGGCUGCUCGUCUCCCUUAUGGCGAGACUCUCGGCAAGCCCACCGGCCGCUUCUCCGACGGCCGCCUCAUAGUCGACUACUUCGCUAUGGCUCUUGGCCUCCCUCUUGUGAAUCCCUCUCUGGGCAAAAAUCUUUCCUUCGAGCACGGAGUCAACUUCGCCGUCGCCGGGAGCACCGUCCUCAACUCUUCGUUCUAUGCCGCGAGAAACGUCACCGUGCCGGCUUCCGAUGUUCCCUUGCGCCUCCAGCUCAACUGGUUCAGGAGCUAUCUCAACUCAACCUGCGGGUCACAAGAUGAGUGUGGGAAGAACUUGAAGAGAUCUCUUGUGAUUGUUGGGGAGAUGGGCAGCAACGACUUCCUCUAUUCGUUUCUCCAGGGGAAAUCUAUUCCAGAAGUCAUGACUUACGUGCCUCCCCUGGUUGAAGAAACCAUAACUGUCACGAGGGAACUGAUCAAACUGGGUGCCUCCAAAGUAGUGGUGUUCGGAGACUUCGCCAUCGGGUGCUCCCCAAUAUACCUGACUUCUUUCAAGAGCAACGAUUCGAACGCAUACGACGACGAAGGUUGCCUGAAAGCCUACAACGCCUUUUCACAGUUCCGCAACACUAACGUCCAAGUCGCGCUCGCUAAGCUUAGACGGGAAUUCCCUCAUGCUACCAUACUCUAUGGAGACUAUUACAAUGGCUAUGAGUAUGUGCUUCGCCGAGCCUCCUAUCUAGGAUUCGACCCGAAAUCGGCUCUAAAAGCUUGUUGUGGAACUGGUGGGUCAUACAACUUCAACUUCACCCGAAUGUGUGGAUCAACAGGCAUCACAGCUUGCCCCAACCCAAAUGAGUUCAUAAGCUGGGAUGGUGUACAUCUAACACAGGCAGCACAUCGCCGCAUCACGGAGUACAACAUCAACAAGAUCUUCCCGGAACUGUCUUGUGCCACAUAGUCAAGAGCAACACAAGCUCAUACAUACAUGAUUAACUAUCGAUCUACUCAAAUAAAGAGGGAGAUAUAGUUGAAACCUCUUUUCUCUGUACUCAAUAAAAUAUGAUCCACUCAAAUAAAGAGGGAGCUGGUUGAAUUAUAAGUACACUAUAAACUACUUUUGCUAGUACAAAUGUCGACAUGGCAUCUUUCUU